UUGUUUUGACUGAACAGUGAACAGGAUUUCCAGCUAAAGCUAAAGUUGAGAUUACGUGGAGUUUCUUUUUGAGUUUUAUGUUGUUAUGUGGUGAAAAGCUGAGUCGUAGCUGAUGUGUAGAUGUUCCAAUGACUGCUCGCAGACGCCGUGUUGGCUCCGAGUCAGAGCAGGUGCCUUUGGUAGUGUCUACAACUAGUGAAUGGACUAAUCCUCCGCACCUGUCCUAUGAUGGCCCAGAGCAUACAGACCGCCAAAAUAGAUUAGGAUCCAGUAAACCUUCAGACAAGACAGAAUUCCUAAAGAUGACUUCACGAGAUAGAACGCUAGAGUUCAGCAAUGCUAUUCGCUCGCUAGCCAGCCGACAGGUUGUGCGGGCUGUGGCGGCUCGUGACCCACGGCGAGCGAAACACAUCCAGAGCUAUGGGGAGUUCAUGGUCAUCGCCCGUACCAUUGGCAAAAACAUCACAAGCACCUACACCAAACUGGAGAAACUAACACUGUUGGCCAAGCGGAAGUCGCUGUUUAACGAUAGACCGGCUGAGAUACAAGAGCUGACGUACAUCGUCAAGGAAGAUCUGAACAGUUUGAACCAACAGAUAGCUCGGCUACAAGAGGUGUCUAAAGCUCAGAGACAGUCGGUGACCACGGGUACGCGACAGCAUCUACUGUCCCACUCAUCCAGUGUGGUGUUGGCGUUGCAGUCAAAGCUGGCCAACAUGUCCAACGAGUUCAAACAGGUGCUGGAGGUGCGGACAGAGAACCUGAAGCAGGCCAAGUCACGGAGGGAACAGUUCUCCCAGGGUGGAGUGUCUGCGUCGCUGCCGCCCUCGGCCAUGAGCGGCCCACACCACGGCUCUGUGCUGCUGGCCGACGAACAGCAACAGCAGACCAGCAUAGACAUGGGCGGCCAUGACGGAACUGUAGCCACCAGAAGUGUGCUACAGACACAGGCGUUCAUGUAUGACGAGACGGAUCAGUAUUUAUCAAACAGAGCUGAAACCAUGCAGAACAUAGAAUCUACUAUUGUAGAACUCGGUGGCAUUUUUCAACAGCUGGCUCACAUGGUAAAGGAACAGGAGGAGAUGGUUGAACGGAUCGAUGCCAAUGUAGCAGAUGCGGAAUUGAAUGUAGAAGCAGCUCACAGUGAAAUCCUCAAAUAUUUCCAAUCGGUAACCAACAAUAGGUGGCUCAUGAUUAAAGUUUUUGCAGUCCUAAUAUUCUUCUUUGUAUUUUUCGUGGUGUUUUUGGCAUAGCCCUUGCCUUGGCCUAUCAAGGACAUUCCGGUUUCGGCUAAACUAAACGGUGUACAAUUUCCAAGUGUAAUAUAGACCAAUAUAAAAUGUUUUAUAAUAUUUGUUGAUAUUUAUAUACAGUUAUUAAGAAUUAUUUUGAGUAUCAUAAAUACAUUGUAAGUAAAUUUUA